AAAUCAACCCUGAUUUUCAUCGUUAAUACAAACCCAACUUCUCAAAACUGCUCUUUUUAUCAUACACUUCCACAUUUUCACACAAAUGGCUUCCAACUCUAUCAACACUUCCCGAAGCUCUAACUCAUCAUGGACAGCUAAACAGGACAAGCAGUUCGAAGUGGCUUUGGCUACAUACGACAAGGACACUCCUGACCGAUGGCAAAACGUCGCAAGAGCAGUUGGUGGAAAAUCAGCUGACGAGGUGAAAAGACACUAUGAAUUGCUCAUUAGAGAUGUGAAUGACAUUGAAUCAGGACGCUACCCACAACCUAGGUACCGUAAGACUAACUGAAGACAUUGAUAUUCCUCUUUAAAAAAAUAACUACAUGCCUUGACAUCCACAGAAGAAGACGUUAAGGGAUCAAUAUGCAAAAGAGAAUUCAAUGUCAUUGCUUAUAUUGUAUUGGCUUUUAUUUAUUUCUUUUCGGUUUCCAACUAUGUAGUAAUCUCUCUAUUCCAUCAUAUUCUUAUCUAAUGAAAUUUGAGUUUAUGUAGUAAUAAUCUAAUAUACUCGGAUUAAAC